UGCACAAGGUUCCAAUCGUCCCUUUACACUUGCUCGUGGACUUGUUUCGACCUGCUCCAACCUCAGCCUGUGGAAAGCUAAGUUUUGCAAAACAUUUUACUGAAAGCGGACUUUACUUGAAAGCGACAACAAGUACUUCAUCUGUGGAUCGUUUGUACUUGUUUUUGUUUUUCAAGUUUGAAGAUGGCUCGCCGUGGACCCCGACUCAUCGACAGCCACCUGGACUUCGCUGCAGGGCGUCUUGACUAUGUGGUUGAACGCCCUGCAGAAGAAGGCCUUCCCGAAGUCAUCAGGAUCCUGGAUGACAGUCUCCAGAGCCCCACCUCUUCUGGUGAAGCUCAGGACACUGAUACCCAGCGUAUCAGUGAAGGUGAGUAUGGUGAGUAUUUUCCCACUCUCUCACCCUCCUCCUCUUCUGAUGAAGCUCAGGACACUGAUACCCAGCGUAUCAGUGAAGGUGAGUAUGGUGAGUAUUUUCCCACUCUCUCACCCUCCUCCUCUUCUGAUGAAGCUCAGGACACUGAUACCCAGCGUAUCAGUGAAGGUGAGUAUGCUCCUUCCUCACCUCUCUCAUCUGCUUCCUCAGAUGCUUCCUCUGCUGCUCCUUCCUCACCUGCUCUCUCAUCUGCUUCCUCAGAUGCUUCCUCUGCUGCUCCUUCCUCACCUGCUCUCUCAUCUGCUUCCUCAGAUGCUUCCUCUGCUGCUUCUUCCUCAUCUGCUUCCUCUGCUGCUUCUUCCUCUGCUGCUUCUUCCUCAGCUUCUCUCUCAUCUGCUUCCUCAGAUGCUCCCUCUGCUGCUCCUUCCUCAGCAAAGAGAAGCAGAGAAGACAUCUACACCGAAGAGAAUUCAGCACUUCAGACAUUCAACGUCCAAGAUGGAGCUAACACCCCACCCAGAAGACAGCCUUACCCCGACCAACCCGAUGAGAAGGAUGGAUGACCAAGUGAAAAACUGGAGAGUGGUGCUGUGUUCCAACUAUGGAAGCUGAGCGUGGACAGAGCUGCACAGAGGACCAAGGAUCCACUCUCAGCACUUCAUACCUGAUUGGCCACAGCACCACCCCUCCUCACCUGGGUGAGGAGGGCCCUGACCCCACCUCCACAGAGGGAGUUGUGAACAUGCACUUCUGUGUCGGUGGGUUUAGGAGCCUCCUCACACACACACGGAUGAAGACUGUCACUGGAAGAUGUCUCCAUUGCAUCAGC